AUGGCCUGGCUAACAGCCCACCUCAAAACCCUCUUCGCCUCCAAAAGACCCAAAAACCCUCCAAAGCGCAAACCACCCACCCGCGAAGAAAAAGGCAAAUACCGCGCCACAGACAUCGACGACGACAACAACAACAAUAAUAUCACCUCCUCCAAUAAUACCCAACCAGCAUCAUCAUCAACUUCUUCCUUAUCACCAUCAUCAUCAUCAACCACAAACUCCUCGGAAAUCACAGACUCAGACCUCCUCCCCAUAAUCCACCACGAAGAACUCCACCUAAUCCCCCAAAUCCUAACCCAAUUCCCAGCAUUCUACCUCAUCGGUCACAACCUACCUCCCGCACCGCUCCCACAAGCAAAACACCUCCUAACCUCCCCAGAAUCCACAAAACAAUCAUUAGUCCACCCCAAAAAAUCAACAGUACGAGGCUAUAAUCACGCAAAAUCCAGCGGUAGAGAAUGGUGGGAUUACACACCGGAUCACGGCGGAACGUUAUUAACCCUCGAAGACGAGAAUUUCCGAUAUAAAACGAAAGAAUACUUUGAAAAAUCGAUUGAAUUGUUACAAAGGAUUUGUAAUGAAUUUAAUCAAACGCUUAAUGAAAAUGGAGAGAAAAGGGUGGUUAUACCGGAGGCUGUGAUGGAUGAUAUUGGAUUCAGUACCAUGCGAUACUUAAGAUACUCUCCCACGAUUCUAGAACGACAGAAUAACAACAAUAAUAAUAAUACCAUUACUCAAUCAAAUAACGAUUCAGAACCACCGGUAGCAAGCAGCAGUUCAAGCAGCCACAGUAACGGUUCCUCCAGCAGUACUAAAAAUAACAACAGAAAAUCCCAACAACAACAACAACAACCACAAAAAGAAGACGGCUACUCCCUCCCCAGAAUGGAAGCCCACACGGACCAUGGAAUCCUAACCUUAAUGACCUCCACCGAACCCUCAGGUCUCUACGUCUGGGACCGUAAUGGCAAAAUCUUCUCCGCACCACCAAUAUCAGGCACAGUUAUGAUCAUUGCAGGAGACCUAAUGACGCAUUUCACCGCCCUAGAAGGGAAAAACAUCGUUAAUGACGGAAAAGAUGCUAUCGGUGAGGGAACAGUAUUACCCAGUGUCCAUGCCGUGGUGCUUCCAAAGGGUGGAGCGGAGAGGUACUCCGUUGCAGUGUUUUUGAGACCGAAGAGGGAUAUGGUUGUUAGUAAAUAUAGAGUUAAGAAAGAAGAUGGAGAGAUCGUGGAGGAAAAUAUGACGUUUGGAAAGUGGGCGGAGGAGAAAGGACAAGUUAGGGGGAGGAGAUGUUGGAUGGUUGGACAGGAAAGGUUAUCGGGGGGACAAGACGUUUGA